CCGGUGCCAGUGUUGCCAAAACCAGCGCCCGUAGUUCGAAAACAAGACUCCUCCUUGCUGAAGGAAGAUGACUAACUGCAGUGAUGACAAGGUUCAGCAGGCGGGAAUUCUUCACCUCCUGCGCCGAGGCGUUGGUCGACCAAGAAGACUAUGAGAAAGCGGAGUUUUGCCUGAACAAGGCCAUAGAGUUAAACCCCGGUGACAGCUACAACUUCCUGCUUAAAGGCCUGCUGCUGCAGAGGAAGAGUCCCGAAGAGGCGGUGCGGAUGCUGGAGCGAGCCGUGGGUCUGGACCCCGGGUGCUCCCUGGGCCUCAGGGCGCUGGGACGCUUGCAUCUCGCGAGAGGUGACAUGCAGAAAGCUACCGAGGUUUUCUCCAAGGGCAUCCUUCAAGCCUCGCUGCACUCCGAGAUAGAAGAGAUCAUGAAACUGAAGAAAAUAGUAUCUGCGGGAACCAUCAGAACAGUGAAUAACGUGUGAUGGGAGCUAUCGUAAUGGAUCGAUUAUAUAUAGAGCUCAGCUCGGAAGGAAACACUUUAUUAAAUUUAUUUAAGGUACAAAAAACUCUUAACAUGCCUCUGACAAUGACACUUCAUUUACUUUACUAGAGCAGAAUUUAUUUGUAUUUUAAAAUAAUAAAAACCACAUGAUCUUUGAUCGUUUUGGUCACUGAAA